AUGAAGAGCAGAAUUGCAUUAGCCGUACCACUCAUCCGAAAGUGCGGCAAGCUUCCCUGUGGAGACCCGGAUGAGAACUGGACGGCUCUCGCUGGUACUGCUCCCAUUGUUCCUGAAAUAAACACAGCUAAUACCCCAGCAUACGCCGCUGCAGCAUCGUAUCUUUCCACUCCCCCAGCAUUAGUCAAAAGCGCAAUACUGAGAGCAAAGACAAACGUAUACGCGACCACCAAACCCAACUUCGUAGUCGGGUCAUUGACAAUGUAA